UAAAGCGAAACCACCGUGAGAUGCUUCAUCUUUAUACCUACCCCCACCCCAUCCACAUUUAUUGAUUUUUAAGAGUUAUUAGUUUAAUUCCAUGCAGCCAUCUUCCUACGACGACAAUGUCGAGAUAUGAGUGGAAGUAAUGAAUAAUGUGUUAUUAAUUUUAACAUCUGCGCGAUAAGACGCGCCAAUUAGCAUAUCUAAACGUUUUAUUAAUGUAAUUACCGUUCUAUUGUAUUAUAAGAAGUAAAAUGCUGUAAUAACGUAAUUUUUUUACCUUUAAGAUACAUCUACCGAAGAAAAUAACAAUGCGACGUAAAACAGUUUAAUUUGUGUGAUUUUUCACAUACACUUUUAUAGUUCGAUAGUAUAUCAGUAGAAAUUAGUUAAACGCUGUUACGUAUAAUUGUUUGCUCACGAUGACGACGAAGUUUUCGUUACGUUGGACUGAUUUCCAUACAAAUCUAAAUCAGUCUCUUGAAGAUUUUCUUAAUGCCGAAGAGUUAGUGGACGUAACGCUGACGGCGGGGGGCAAGGAGUUUCGAGCUCACAAGCUCAUUUUAUCAAUCUGUAGUCCUUUUUUCAAAGAUCUGUUUAUAAAGAAUCCUUGUGAACAUCCAACCAUAGUUUUAAACGAAGUAGAACAUGUAGAAUUAUCCAAACUACUACAAUUCAUCUAUCAUGGGGAGGUCAUUGUCACGCAACAGGAACUUAAUCCGUUUCUUGAAACGGCAGAAUUCCUUCAGAUUAAAGGACUAGCUUCAAUCAGAGAGAAAUAUGAAACAGCGGUUGCUGAAUCCGAAUCCAACGUCAAACAAGAAACGACCGAACCGAAACCGACGAUCGACUGCCACGCUGAUGGUGAUUCUAAAACACAGGGGAAAACUGAAGCUAUCGAAUCUACAGAUUCCGUAAACGAAUCAAUACAAAAGGAUUCUGUGCUAAGCUCUCUAAAGCGGUCCUUUGAAAGUACACAAAAUAGCGAUAGUUGUAGCAAGGAGAAAAUAUCCCGCCAAGAUAGCGACAUUUCAAUACCUACUGAAAAUAAUGAAGAGCGCAAAGUUGUUGAGCCUACGGAUGAAACCGUUUGUAGUAUCAAGCCAGAGACUGUUAAAGAUUCCAGACCAAGAAGCAAAGGUAAGAGGAAAAAGAAAUUGAAAUGCACACAUUGUUAUCGACACUUCGCCAAUAACAAUAACCUGAAGGUUCACAUGCAAGAUAAGCAUGAUAAUUCAGAGGGUAAUUUAGAGUGCGAUAAGUGUCAUAAAAAUAUGAAAAAUCAGUCAUGUCUUCGUGUACAUUUGUAUAAUCAUCACAAAUUGGCGUAAUGGCAUCAGUUGUAAUGAUAAACCCUGAAAUUUGUAAAAAAUUAUGUAUACGAUUUUGUGUGGCUCAAUUAUCAAUUAAUGACAGUUCUGAAGUUUUUUUAAGAAAUCAAAAUAUAAAGCUCAAAUUAUGAUAAAAAAAUAAUAACAUUAUUUGUAUUAAGACUUAAAGCAAAAGCUUAAAAAUUAACAGGAUUUACAAAAAAAGAAAUGACAUAAAUUGCAUAGAUUCCAUCCAUCAAUU